AAACACCGAUAACCUAGCUUACUGCUUAUCUUGAGAUAAACAUUCAGUCACAAACGGAUCGACAUCGCGAAUACACAACCUUUCAUUAAUUUUAACCUGUAUUGUUGAAGUGGAGUGAUAAAAGUGAUGGCAGGAGCAGGUCGUGGGGCUGGGCAAGGCUCAGGUGUGGGAAAAUUGGAGUCCCAAAUAUACUGUAUUAAGUACACACUAUUCUGUUUCAACGUUGUGUUAUGGUUGUUCGGCUUGUCCAUCUUCGCACUAUGCUUAUGGAUAUGCAUCGAACCUGGAUUCAACGAAUGGAUGACGGUUCUGGAGCUUCAAAAGUACUUCAUCGGCAUCUACAUCAUCCUCAUAGCUGCUCUGGUCAUCAUGGUGGUAGCAUUCCUUGGAUGCGGAGCAGCUCUAAUGGAGAAUGUUUUCCUUCUUUUUGCGUACAUUGGAACCCAAAUCGGGAUAUUCGUAUUCGGCUUGGUGGGAGCUUGCGUACUACUAGACUUCUCGACAUAUAACUCCAGCGUCCAGCCUCUGAUCAGGAAUUCUAUCGUCAACCUGAUGAAUAACCCUCAACACGAAGGCAGUCGGCUCAUCCUGAGAAUGGUACAAGAAGGUAUCGGCUGUUGUGGCGCCGAUGGGCCCAUGGAUUACCUUAAUUACAACAAGCCCUUCCCCGCUGAAUGCAGAGAUUCGGUGACGGGUAACGCCUACUUCCAUGGAUGCGUGGAUGAGCUGACAUGGUACCUAGAAGGCAAAAGCGGGUGGCUCGCCGGCAUCGUACUUGCGUCCUGCAUGAUUGCUGUAAUCAAUGCAGUUAUAUCUUUGGUUCUUAUCCAUGCAGUAAGGAAGGAAGAAGACGAAGCGAUAGCCUACAAGUAGAUUUAAUCAGAAAACCCCUUACUUUAAGUAUAUAAGGUCUUUGAUAUUUUGAGAUUUAUAAACUUACUUUUUUUAUAUUUAGUGAUGAAUUUUAUAUUAAGCACAUUUCAAAAACUUGUGUUAACAAAUAAAUUUGUAUUAUUUGUUACACUUUAACUAUAUGACACUUUAUUACAUAUAUUUCCACCG